UGCCGGAGGGAAAUGGUCUCAGCAUGAUAAACUCUGGCUACAGCAGUGGAAUGGUAAGGACACGGCGCUGAUGGUGACCAGGGUGGUGAACCACCGCCGUUUCUCUGCGACUGUCAGCGUGGGUGACACUUCGCAGCGCAGCACCAGCCGCUACCGCUGUGUCAUCCGAUCAGACGGCGGGUCGGGGGUGUCCAACUAUGCCGACCUCAUUGUUAAAGCUCCACCUACCCCCAUCGCUCCGCCCGAGCUUCUCGCCGUUGGGGCCACCUACCUUUGGAUCAAACCCAACGCCAACAGCAUCAUCGGCGACGGGCCCAUCAUCCUUAAGGAAGUGGAAUACCGCACCACUUCGGGGAACUGGGCAGAGACCCACGUGGUCGACUCCCCUACCUAUAAGCUGUGGCAUCUGGACCCAGAUGUGGAGUACGAAAUCAAGGUCCUGCUGUCCAGACCCGGGGAGGGAGGAACCGGUCCUCCGGGGCCGCCGUUGGUCACCAGGACCAAAUGUGCAGAUCCAGUACACGGUCCCCAGAGCGUCAAUGUGGUGGAUGUCAGAGCCCGCCAGCUGACUAUACAGUGGGAGACAUUUGGAUAUGCUGUGACACGCUGCCACAGCUACAAUUUGACGGUACAGUACCAGUACGUGUUCAACCAGCAGGAGUUUGCAGCAGAGGAGUUGAUCCAAACGUCGUCACAUUACACUCUGCGGGGGCUGAGGCCCUUUGUCACCGUCAGACUGCGGCUGGUCCUAGCCAACCCUGAAGGCAGCAAGGAGAGCGAGGAGAUAGUCAAACAGACAGAGGAGGACGUGCCUGGCUCUGUACCGAUGGAGUCUCUGCAGAAUACGCCCUACGAAGAGAAGAUCUUCAUGCAGUGGAAGGCUCCCAACGAGACCAACGGGGUCAUCACGCUGUACGAGAUUACUUACAAGGCCCUGAGCUCAUUGGACCCCAGUGCAGAUCUGACAACCCAGAGGGGACAGGUGUUCAAGCUGAGGAACGAGACCCACCAUCUGUUUGUAGGUCUCUACCCAGGGACCACCUACUUCUUCACCCUCAAGGCCUCCACGAACAAGGGCUUUGGCCCGCCCGUCACCACCCGCAUCACCACCAAGAUAGCAGCCCCGAUGAUGCCAGAGUACGAGUCUGAGGCUCCACUGAAUGAGACGGAGACAACCAUUACCAUCCUGCUGAAGCCGGCCCAAUCACGUGGAGCACCCAUCAGCUCCUACCAGCUCGUUGUGAAGGAGGAGCGCAAGUCCAAGACCCGCCGCGCCGCCUCUGAAGCCCCCGAGUGCUUCUCCGCCCCUGUCAGCUUCCGCAAUGCCUCCAUCUUGGACUCGCCUUACUACAUCGCCGCUGAACUGCCGCCAUCCAGCCUCACAGUGGUACAGCCGUUCACCGUGGGGGACAACAAGAGCUACGGCGGUUUUUGGAAUCCUCCGCUAUCUCCUGCCAAGAGCUACAGCAUCUACUACCAGGCCAUGAGCAGAGCCAAUGGGGAAACCAAAAUCAACUGUGUCCGCCUGGCUAACAAAGGUGCGUCCACCCAGGACUCAGAUGCCAUGGAGCCAGAGAAGCAGGUGGACAGCACAGUGAAAAUGGCUGGAGUGAUCGCGGGGAUCCUCAUGUUCAUCAUCAUCCUCCUCGGCGUCGUCCUCACCUUCAAACGCAGGAAGCUGGCGAAGAAGCAGAAGGAGACUGCCAGCAGCUCCACUCAGCAGAGGGAGAUGGGUCCGGUCACCACAGCUGAUAAGAGCACCACUAAAGUCAGCACCCUGCACAAGGACGACCCCUUCUCCACCUCCAGCCAGGACCUCAACGGCUUCACCUCCCCCUCUACCUGCUCCUUCUCUGUGCAGGGAAGCAAGACGCUGCAGAGCAAAUCCCUGCUGAAUUCCUACUACUCAGACAGUAGCCAGCCCUCGCUCGCCCAGCCCUCUCUGACUCUGCAGAGUUUUCCCUAUGGAGGCUGUGAGUCUGUGGAGCUCUCCUACCAGAGCGGUCAGUUUCAGGCGGGCCAGUUUCAGCCGGCUAUUCGAGUGGCCGACCUCCUCCAACACAUCACCCAGAUGAAAUGUGGACAGGGCUAUGGUUUCAAGGAGGAAUAUGAGGCCCUGGCAGAGGGACAGACGGCGCCCUGGGAAACAGCCAAGAAGGAUGAGAACCGCAACAAGAAUCGCUAUGGCAACAUCAUUGCUUACGACCACACCAGAGUCCGACUGCAGCUGCUGGACGGAGACCCCCACUCUGACUACAUCAACGCCAAUUAUAUUGACGGGUACCAUAGACCUAGACAUUACAUCGCCACACAAGGGCCUAUGCAGGAGACGGUGAGGGAUUUUUGGAGGAUGGUCUGGCAGGAAAACUCGGCCUCUAUCGUCAUGGUUACCAACCUGGUAGAGGUGGGCAGGGUGAAGUGUGUGCGUUACUGGCCUGAUGAGACAGAGGUGUACGGAGACAUCAAGGUUACCCUGAUAGAGACUGAACCGCUGGCAGAAUACGUCAUACGGACAUUCACCGUCCAAAAGAUAGAAUCUGCUCCUGGAAUUGCCAAUGUAAAACAUGCAACAUCUUUCUCUCUGUGUAUUUCUCAGAAGGGUCAUCAUGAAAUCCGCGAACUCCGUCAGUUUCAUUUCACCAGCUGGCCUGACCAUGGCGUUCCCUGUUAUGCCACCGGACUGCUGGGCUUCAUACGACAGGUCAAGUUCCUCAACCCACCAGAUGCUGGGCCCAUAGUGGCACACUGCAGUGCCGGCGCAGGGAGGACAGGCUGUUUCAUUGCAGUGGACAUCAUGCUGGACAUGGCAGAGAAUGAAGGCGUGGUGGACAUUUUCAACUGCAUCCGAGAGCUGAGAUCACAACGAGUCAACAUGGUACAGACAGAGGAGCAGUAUGUGUUUGUUCACGACGCCAUCUUGGAGGCGUGUCUAUGUGGGAACACAGCCAUACCAGUGUGUGAGUUCAGAGCAAUUUACUACAACAUCAGCAGACUGGACCCACAGACCAACUCCAGCCAGAUUAAAGACGAGUUCCAGACUCUGAACAUAGUGACUCCCAGAGUCCGUCCAGAGGACUGCAGCGUGGGUUUGCUACCCAGGAACCAUGACAAGAACCGCAGUAUGGACGUUCUAUCAGCAGACCGAUGCCUGCCUUUCCUCAUAUCUGUGGACGGAGAGAGCUCCAAUUACAUCAAUGCUGCAUUAAUGGAUAGCCACAAACAGCCAGCGGCCUUCAUUGUCACCCAGCAUCCUUUGCCAAACACCAUGGGUGACUUCUGGAGGCUGGUGUUCGACUACAACUGCUCUUCCAUUGUAAUGCUCAAUGAGAUGGACGCAGCACAGUUAUGUAUGCAGUACUGGCCAGAGAAGAGUUCGUGUUGCUAUGGUCCCAUUCAAGUGGAGUUCAUAUCAGCAGACAUUGAUGAAGACAUCAUCAACCGAAUCUUCAGGAUCUGCAACAUGGCCAGGCCACAGGACGGUUACCGCCUGGUGCAGCACUUCCAGUUCAUUGGCUGGCCGGCCUACAGGGACACACCGCUCUCCAAACGCUCUAUCCUGCAGUUGGUCAGGAGGCUGGCCAAGUGGCAGGAGCAGUAUGACGGAGGAGAUGGGAGGACCGUGGUACACUGCCUUACCGGCGGAGGGCGUUCUGGAACGUUCUGUGCCAUCUGCAGCAUCAACGAGAUGAUCCAGCAGCAGAACAUCGUGGACGUUUUCCACACCGUCAAAACACUGAGGAACAACAAGACUAAUAUGGUGGAGACCAUGGAACAGUACAAGUUCUGCUACGAAGUGGCUCUGGAGGCGCUCAGCUCCUUCUGAUUGGUUGCUGGCCCAAAUUCUCUUUUCUGAUUCGCCUUUGACGCUGCCUGUGAUUUUCAACACAACACUGGAUUGGGACACACACACAGUACCAAACUGCUUCGUGUUGACCCGAACCCGACCCGUCGGCAUGUGUGCCUGUGUGCGUGUGUGUGUGUGUGUGUGUGCGCGCGUGUGUGUGUUUGAGAGCGCGUCCACAUGAUUGUGUGUGAAUCGGAGAGCGCAUGCUUGCAUAUCUGAGCGUGUGCGUGUGUAUCUAUAUGUGUGCCUGUGACAACACACACACACACACACACAACCUGUACAGAAGAGAAAAAAAACAAAAAAGCGACAAACAUACACACUGGUGAUUUUUGUGUGUGUGUGUGUGUGUGUGUGUGUGUGUGUGUGUGUUCGCUUCAGCGAGACUGGGGACUUUACGUGCUUGUACACAGAAAAAAGAAAAAAACGAUAUGUUGAAAAAACAAAAUCCGAUGUUUAAAAAAAAGCGCCAAUUUUUCCUUCUCUAUCUCUCUACUCUCUGCUGGGCUGUGAUGUGACUAAUGUACAGUAUUUCCUUUUUAGAUAUAUUCUACGCCUUGAAUGUUGUCUCCCUCUGAAGGCUGGACGCACACUGGAAGAUUUUUCGGAAACUUUCACAUUUAGCUGAAGUUCAGGCGACGCCGCGACUCCGCAUUUUGGACCCCGACGUUCAUCCGCACGGCGUGGAAAGCAAUGGAAAGCGUUCGGCUGAGUUUAGCUCAAAUGUGGAGGGUUCAGUUAGCAAAAACCAACAGGCGCGUGUGAAUCAUUCUGGCACUUUCUCUGAUAAAUUUCCUCGUAGCAAGAGGCUGCGGACUGUGUUGAUGUUAAAUGCCAGUGAUACUUGUAAUCCAGUAACUGGCUACGAAAUUCCCAGCAUGGUUUCCUUUCCUUCAUACUGCAUCGAAGCACGGUCCUUUCUAACUUUCUUGUGACAGAAAAGGUCACUUUUAUUUGGACAAAUGCUUACAAAUACUGUUCAGACGGGGCGAAGCAACAUGUCAGACGCUACAAGUUGAGUCCGGCGCACGGCGAAGAAUAAAAGCAUUAGACAGAGGAAAGAAAAAAAAAUCGUCCCUCGCCUUCAAGAUCAAACGUCGUUGUCUCUGCUCCAGGGCUUUUUUCUUUGGGGCCGUAAGGAGAAAAAAAAAAGUUUAAGAAAUAAUUUUGGAUAAAAUUACGGAAAGUCAGUCUUGUCAAAAUCUUACAGUGUGCAUCCACUCUUACUGUAAAUAAGAUAAGACAACCACAGUCAAACAAACAAACAGACAAACAUCAUGCACCAGACACAUUACAAAUAAAAGCUAUCAUUUCAAAACACUAUCACUCUAAAAUGCUGCGUCAGUGUCAUUUUCAGCAACUCUGUGAUUAUAGUCUGGAACGAAGUCUUACGUUACCUUACUACAAACCGGCCACGUAGACAUGUUGUCAAAGAAAUUGAGAUCUAUAUUUUUGCAUAUUGCACAUUCAGCGGACCCCCACAUGCAGAGUGACUUACAAUGAGGAAGCAGUUUGGAAAUAAGCUCUCGAACGACCAGAUACUGAAAAUGAAAAAACAAAACAAACAAAAAAAAAACAAUGCCCUUAUUCCAGAUGAAAAAAAUAUAACUAUAACAAAUAUAACAAAAUAUAACUUAUUAUACCUUUUUGUCUGGUUGGUUGAUGUGGUUUUGAUCGUUGCUUUGCCUUGAAAGUGCUGAAAGGACAGUGAACAAAUUAGGACUGGCCCGACGAUGUUCACGCGCCCUGUCCGGAACUGCAGGCUGGCAAAAACAGUCGUCUAACAGCCUAACAGUUGUCUUCAGUACCGUGUAGCUUACAGCUGUUUAAAGUUAAAGCUGCAUUUUCUUAGUUUGGAUGAUUUGGGCUUAAGCUGGGCUGUGAAAAUUGUGUAUCUGUAAUUUCUUUUCCCCUCAUGCGACGGUGAAAAAGUUUGUGUUUUUUUCGGGUCGUUUUUUUUUCGGUACCUUCUUAUUUAAGAUACAAAAUUCGGAUGCAAAGGCAGACGGAAUUUGUUUAAACACAGCGUUUGGAACUGUUGGCUGCCCGUUCUCUUUGUCAUUCACCUCAGGCCGCUCUGACAUUAUCAGCCUGGUUUGGCAGCAUUAGCAUGCGGGAAAGCGAGGCACAGGAAAAAUGUCUGUGCACACAUUUUUUGUGUUACUCUCUAAAGUUAGAUCAUUCAGAAAGUAGUUUCAAACCAGAAUUGGACAUGAGUGAGUGCAGUAUAAACUCUCCCGGCGGUAAUCAAAGAGGUAAACUCGCUAAGUUUCCUUGGUUUAGGUAAAUUCCUUAAGCCAUGCUGUGUUUCGUGUGACACACCGGAUAAAUUUCGGCGAAAGCGAAGCUUGGGGAUUAGACAGCUUCCCGGUCCUGCCAACCAUCAUUAACAUGACAACACAAAGGCAAAGAGACAGGUCACAUUUACUUUCCCUCUGCAAAAGCCUCAAGUUUGCUUUCCGCCGAGCCCACGAAGGUGUGCAGAUUUAAAAAUUAAUUUGACAAACUCUCUCCACGGCCUAAUAGGAAACGAUAUCGGCCGGUGAUUGACCCCAGGGUGGAAGAAGGUCAACGCGGCCGACGGUUCAGAUGCCACUGCAGCUCAGGGGACAUGUGUUGGAGAGUGGGAAUUAAUGAGAAUUAAACAGGACGUGUCACCGUCCUCAGCUCCCCCUUUAUCAGACGUUAGACUUUCUCUGUUGUCCCAUUUAAAAGACGUGAGGAAAACUAGACCAAAAGCGCAGAUUAAAGAAAAAUCCUCUGUUUUCGUUUCAGCACCCUCUGACUGUGUUGAGUCACAAGAACUGCGAUAAUAUUAAGGGGAUUCUUUGGCACAUCUGGGGGAUAAAAACAUAGUCACAUAUAGCCUGAGGUAAUAUGGCCGAUAAAAAAAAAAAACAAGACACCAGAGUAAGGGCUUCAAACACAACAGUUCUGUUAUAGAGGAA